AGUCCCGGGCAACAUGGCAGCUGCCGACUCAGGCCCGACCCUGAAUCCAGGCACUGCAGAAAGCGAGGAGGAGACGAUUCUCUAUGACCUGUUGGUCACCACCGAGUGGCCACCGGAGACAGAAGUUCAGCCUAGAGGUAAUCGAAAAUAUGGUGCAUCAUUUAUCAUCACAAAAGCAAUUAGAGAUCAUUUAUUAUUUUUCCGCCAAUACAUCUGGUACAGCCCUGCACCUUUUUUGCUCCCUGAUGGACUGGUUCGCUUGGUUAACAAACAGAUAAACUGGCAUUUGGUCCUUGCAAGCAAUGGAAAGCUUUUGGCUGCUGUUCAGGAUCAGUGUGUGGAGAUCAGAUCUGCAAAAGAUGAUUUCACAUCUGUUAUUGGGAAAUGUCAAGUUCCCAAAGACCCCAAACCCCAGUGGAGAAGGGUGGCGUGGAGUUAUGAUUGCACACUGCUGGCCUAUGCUGAAAGCACAGGGACCGUGAGGCUGUUUGACCUCAUGGGAAGUGAACUCUUUGUCAUUUCUCCAGCAUCUAGUUUUGCAGGUGAUUUGAGCUAUGCCAUUGCUGGGUUGAUAUUUUUAGAAUACAAAGGAAGUGCACAGUGGUCUGCAGAACUCCUGGUCAUCAAUUACCGAGGAGAGCUGCGAAGUUACCUUGUAAGUGUUGGAACAAAUCAGAGCUACCAAGAGAGUCACAGUUUCAGCUUCAGUAGCUAUUAUCCUCAUGGAAUAAACACUGCUGUUUACCAUCCUGGUCAUAGACUUCUUCUGGUUGGUGGAUGUGAAACUGCUGAAGUGGGUGUGUCAAAAGCUUCUAGCUGUGGCCUUUCUGCAUGGAGAGUUCUUUCGGGGUCACCCUAUUAUAAGCAGGUUACUAAUGGUGGAGACAGGGUUACUGCGGUACCAAAGACACUGGGAUUACUAAGGAUGUUAAAUGUCAAAUUUUACAGUCGCCAGGGACAUGAACAGGAUGGAGUCUUCAAGAUGAGCCUUUCUCCAGAUGGGAGCCUCCUUGCAACCAUUCACUUCUCAGGGAAGCUGAGCAUCUGGGCGGUUCCAUCUCUCAAGCAGCAAGGAAGCUGGGACCAAAAUGAGCAGGUGCGUCUCUUAGGUAUCAUUACUCUCUCAAGUGUAAGUAGCUGCAGUACUCACUUCAUUUGUUGA